UUCAGGGACAAGAGUUUCGGAUUUCAAGACAAAAUGGGUGAGAGAAUGUUAAGGCGACAUGUCACCAACUUAAUGGAAGAAAAAAAACUAAUGGAGUGUAAAGAAUAGGCAUAAAUUACCUAUAAAUUGAAACGCAGUUCAACAGUCUCACUUUUUCCUCAUCCACUCAUUAGAUGGUGAAGAGAAGACCUACGGUGGCUGUGAAGGCCCAGAUGCCAUGUAUGUCAAGCUGAUCUCCUCUGAUGGCCAUGAGUUCAUAGUGAAGAGAGAACACGCCUUGACCUCAGGGACCAUCAAAGCCAUGUUGAGUGGACCAGGUAAGGCCCUUCACUUCAGGGACCAUCAAAACCAUGUUUGAGUGAACCAGGUAAGCCCUUGACCUCAUGGACCAUCAACGCCAUGUUGACUGGACCAUGUAAGUGGUGUUUGAUUGAUAUAGCAAAGAAUCUGCGGGGGGCUGGCCUAGUGGUAGAGCUGCUGCCCCUGGAGGCAGUGGUUCAAUACCCUAUUCUUCCACUAAAUUUCUCUCCUGUAGCCCAUUCAUCCAUCUCCUCAUCUCAUAUUCUAAUCUGUUGAGAGGGCCAGGUAAGCAGACAUUCAAACUGUUGAGGCAGGACAGGACAACAUGUUUGAUUUUACAUGAAGAAUGCAAAGGGUGUGCGGUCAAAGAAGCCCAUGACUGAAACAGCUUGCUAGUCCAAUCAAUCACAUACUGUACAUCCAUUGAAUUAGCUGUACACACAUUUUAAAUGUUCAACCUGCUCAUAAUAGGUUCAAAGUGUUGGCAUUUCCAUUACUUUCUUUAAUAUAAUCCCAAAUAUUAGUUGAAAUCCUGUUCCCAACUUGAUCUCAAUGCUUGUAGGCUGGGAGUGCCAACGGUUAGUCAUUUUGAAUAAACAGAAAUGUUAGUUCUGAACCAAAUCUCAGAUCAAUAAAACCUCGUUCUGUGUAUCAAACUAACAAACGUAUCACUUACUUUUUUUCCCCCCCCAGGUCAGUUUGCAGAGAAUGAAACCAACGAAGUGAACUUCCGAGAGAUCCCCUCCCAUGUCCUGUCCAAGGUGUGCAUGUACUUCACCUACAAGGUCCGUUACACCAACAGUUCUACAGAAAUUCCAGAAUUUCCCAUCGCCCCCGAGAUCGCUCUGGAGUUGCUCAUGGCUGCAAACUUCUUGGAUUGUUAAAACUCAAAGAAAUGUAGCAACUUAAACAUUUUUUCUUUUAUAUUUGUUUUGACUAUUUAACUUGUUUGCCAUGUUGCUUCAGAUAUAAAACAAAGUGAAUGAUUAGUACUUUGUCAGUAUGCUUUGUAAGCUUUGUUUAUAUAAAAAAAAAAUUGCCACAGGCUUUAUGUCCAAUUUUAAUUGGUAGUAAAGACUUUCAUUUGAAUAUAAUAAACUGAAAUGGCUGCACCAGUUGCUCCAGAAUGUGGCGACCCCCUCGUACACAAUCAUUCCUUACCUCCACACCACAAUAAAGUAUGUUUGAGUGUUUUGGUGCUAAAUGGGUCCCUUGUGUGAUGAGCAUUUACAGGUUUAUAUUACAUUAGAAC